AUGAUUAGCAAAGGAUUUAUAUUUUUUUUAAAGAUUUGCAAAAAAAAUGCAAGCAAAAAAGUCAAAAAUCGUCAAAAAGCAUCAAAAAUGGGUCAAAUGUUUGCUAAAGUUCUCCCUUCAGUGAGCGAGCAAAACGAUUGAGAAAUUCCUAUAUUUUGGGUAAAAUCACCCUCCGCCAGUGAACAAAUAAUUUUUUUAAUAUAUAAGUGAUAA